AUGCUCGACGAAAACUUGACUGAAAAGAGACAAGAUCCCCUCACCGGGGAGAAGGAAGAGAACCCCAUCACGGGCGAAACAGGUCCCGGUACGGGACUCAAGGAUCUCCUGCCUCUUCCCGCUGAAAAUGCCCAAGACAUCUUCCAAUCCAAAAAAGCCUUCGACAAGGCGGCCGGCAGUCUCGAAGAUGGCCACACCCUCUCCCAUGCCCUCGCCACCGAGGACCAUAAGCUGAAGGGCGCCGCCCAGCUUGAGAGCGAAAAGGAGGUUCGCAACCUGGGCUGGAACGAACCCAAGCAGGAGAUUGCUGCCCCUCUGGUUGGCGGCAUCGACAAUGAGGAGCUAUGGCUGCUCCAAAUUAUCCACACCAAGGCAGUGGUUACUCCCGUGCCCGGUGGUCUGGACCUCAACACGGCCGAGGAGGAGGAAUUCUCCCCCGACAAGAUGCGCGCUAACAUCGAACGCUUCUACAUGUCCGUUGUUGUUGGCAUUCUCGCUGCCGUUAAGCACAUUGCCCGUCUUCGGUCCUGGCGUGAGAAGGAGCGAACGGCCUGGUUUGCCGGAGUCUACUUUACUGCCUGGUUGUUUGACUUUGUCAUGCCCCUCAUCACCGGCGUGAUCAUUGCGCUCAUUGUCCAUCCUCCCACACGCGAGCUGAUGUUCCCUCCAGCACCCAUCGCCCUUGUUGACACCAACACUGGUGGCGUGCAAAAGCCGUGGGCGGGUACCCUCGGUAGCAAGGAUAGUGCUACGGGUGCCCCUGAGAAUCACAAGGGUGAAGCGGUCGAGCAGGAAGCUGAUAACUUGGUCAACGGACUUGCCGAGCUCGCUGUGAGCAGUGCGGCCGGUAAACAUCCCGCUGGAGAUGUCCAUGACAAGACCAAGAAGCCCAUGGAGCUGGCCAUGUGGGCCAAGCUUCGACCCUUCAUGCAGGUAGUCGGUAACAUCGGUGAUAACUGCGAGCGACUUGCAAACGCUCUCUCCCCCACCCCUCCCUUUCCAAAGGACACUCACCGUCUGCGCCUGGCAACCCUAGUUAUUCCCCUCUUCGGCGCCUCCCUUUUCGUCACCUCCUAUAUGUUCGUCAAGUCCCUCACCUUCGGCUUCGGCUUCGGCAUGUUCGGCGACCCCAUCAUCCAGCACGGCAUGGAUUACCUCAACCGCGUCAUCCCCGACUGGCAGAAGCUCCUCGAGCUGCGCAACACUCUGCUCAAGGGCGUCCCCACCAACGCCCAGCUCACCCUCACCCUCCUGCGCAUCGGCGAAGCCAACAAGGCCCCUCUCCCUCCUCCCCCGCGCGUCGUCGAGCAACCUGUUCAGGACCCAGCCAACCACCCGCCAACCCUCGACUCCGAGGCUCAAAUGCGCCUCGAGGGCGCCGCUUACCCCAUGAACGCUUCUCCUUCGGAGUUGGACGAAGCAGCGCACGUAGACCCCAAAGACGGCCUACGCGAGGCCGGCUUUGACGUUGAUUCCCACUCCAAGAACAAGCAGACUAAGAAAUCCAACAAGGUAUUGGGAUGGGUCAAGAACGUGACUGCCGGCCUGGUCCACACCGGGGGAGCAACCGAUCACGUUCGUGCCAAGCUCGGCUCGCACCACGCCAAGGAGAGACUGGAUAUCGUACCCCCCAAGGACGAAGUCCCCGUCUCCGGUCCCGUCAAGUUCGAUUGCCGCUUUGACGGCAAGAAGGGUCACUGCUACGUUAGCACGACAGCUACCAUCCCUUCUAUUGCCUUUGCUACGGGUAAGGAUGAUGAAGGUACGACGGUCAUUGCGGGCAAGGAGAGGGAAGACAUCAAGCCCGUGUGGACGGUUGCCGUGGCGGAUAUUGUUGAGCUGAAGAAGGUGGGCGGGUAUGGAUGGAAGGCCAAGAUUGUUGUGGAUUGGAGCAUGGAGAGGGAGGUCAAGGAUGGAUUGGAGAUUAUCACGACGGAGGGCAAGACUUUCAAAAUUACUGCGGUGCCGUUGAGGGAUGAGCUGUUUAAUCGCUUGGUGGCUAUGGGAGGGCAGAGGUGGGAGGCUUGGUAG